AUGCGCACGACGACGACGACGCCUUCCGCGCUCGCGCCCUGGGCGCGAGGCGCCCCCAUCCCCCGCGCCCGCGCCGCCCGCGCCGCCGUGCGCGCCCGCGCGCCCGCCCUCCUCGCGCGCGCGUCGUCCGAGUCCGAGACGACGACGACGACGUCCUCCGCUUCGACGACCGAUCGCGUCACGCUCGGCACCUCCGAUCUCUCCGUCGCCGCCACCGGCGUCGGCGCGUGGGCGUGGGGCGACCGAAGCGGGUACUGGGGCGACGACUGGAGAGGCGACCGCGCGCGCAACCUCCGCGCGUACGAGACCCUCCUCGCGGGCGGCGUCGACUUCAUCGACACCGCGGAGGUGUACGGGUUCGGGAAGUCCGAAGAGCUCAUCGCGGAGUUCGCGCGGUCGACGGCGGGCGACGACGCGCUCGUCGACCCCGUCUUCGCGACGAAGUUCGCGCCGCUGCCGCUGCGGUGGACCGCAAGCGCCGUCCCGGACGCGCUCGAGAAGUCCCUCGCGCGCAUGGGGCAGAAGAAGAUCGGGCUGUACAUGCAGCACUGGCCCGGGUUCGGGAUCCAGGACGUCGCCAACGACGCGUUCCUCGAGGGUCUGUGCCUGUGCUACGAGCGAGGCUUGUGCGACGCGGUCGGCGUCUCGAACUUCAACGCGGCGCGCGUCGCGACCGCCGCGAAGAAGUUCGCGUCGCGCGGCGUCCCGUUCGCGUCGAACCAGAUCCAGUACUCGCUCUUGUACCGCGACCCGGAGCUGAAGACGGGCGUGGUCCAGGCGUGCGAAGACGUCGGCGUGACCGUCGUCGCCUACUCGCCCAUGGCGCAGGGCUUGCUCACGGGGAAGUACAGCGGCGCGGGCGCGGCCGCGGUGAAGGGCCCUCGCGGCGCGGUGUUCAGCGACGCGCGCCGGGCGGCGGUGGGCGAGCUCGUGGACCUCAUGAAGAGUAUCGGGAAGGAACGCGGCGAUAAGACGCCGGCGCAGGUCGCGGUGAACUACUGCAUGACGAAGGGCUCCGUGCCCAUCCCGGGGGCGAAGGACGCGGCGCAGGCGGCGAGCGUGGUCGGGUGCUUGGGGUGGCGGCUGAGCGAGGGCGAGGUGAGGGAGUUGGAGAAGGCGGCGGGGAAGGUGCCGGCGUCGCCGGGCGCGCCGUUCGAGGCGUGGUGA